UGAAACGAACGUAAUUUCUAAAUCUGCUGUAAUAACCAAGAAGCUUAAUUUUACUGCUAUUCAAAAUCGUCAACAAUAAUUUUUUUACGGCUGUAAUAGUUGAUAGAUUUGUAGAGAAUUGCACGUGCCAUGGCUAUUUAUAGUAUCAUACUGUCAGAAAGUUGGUCUCGGCACGGCGAAUGUGCACGCUUCAGUGGUAGUCUCGAACUAUCAGCGGUGGACUGUAUUUCUGGGAGUACAUGGGUCACCCUCUGAUAGUGUCUAUCUGUCAAUUGAAAUUGGAAAAUGAGUUGAUUAAAAAAAUGUACUUCAGAUCAUUUUUACAUCAAUGCUUUCCUAUUAUACUUAUUUUGAUUAAUAAAUUUAUGGUGUGUUGUGGUGAAAUAGAGAUCGUUAAUAAGCCUGAUGGAUCUAAACUUUACAACUCAUCAACUUUGUUUGUUUAUGGCAAUGGCUAUAAAAAGAUCUGUUCGUAUUGUCCAAGGGAGUAUUUUAGUGAUCCUGGGUACUUUUCUGGGGAAUGUAAUCAACAAUACUUUCCACAUAAUAAAAGGUUAAAUAUCAGUGGCAGUAAUAGAACAUACCAUCGUGUUUGUAGACAGUUUGGCAGAGAAAAAGAUUUUAUAAAUGAUGUUGACUGUACAUUUCCAUUGGAUAUUCAGAAUGGGAAGGUCUCUCUACUUAAUAAUUAUCUGGGUAAUAAUAACUACCAAGUAGACUCUAAAAGACCUGUAAUAGGUACAGUGAUAGAACUGGUCUGCAGUUCUGGAUACACACCUGUUACCGGUAAUAAUACUAUAGCUCUAUGCCAAGUUCAGAAGAAUAAACCAAGAUGGUCGCAGGAAUUGGUCUGUAAAAGAACAGGUUGUUUCAGGGAUAUUUUCAAUGAAACAAAUGGGAAAGUGACAUGUACAAAUAUAUCCAAUAAGGAAUUGAUUGCGAAUGAUACAAUCUGCUCAUUAAAAUGUUUCAAUGGAUUUGAAACUAAGAAUAAAAGAACUACUUGUUUAGAAGGAGAGUGGUCUGAGCAAUUAAAAUGUUCGCCCAAAACUGAUACUUCUGUCAGUACUGUUAUUGUUGCAGUCAUUCCAGUCACAAUUGUAAUUGGUAUUAUUGUGUUUGCAAUUGUAAUUUGUUGCUGUUGCAAACAUAAGAAACCCAAUAAAAAAGCUUAUGUGAGUGUUAGUUCUUCGUCCAGUUCAGAAGAUCCUGGAGUACAAAUUCCUCAUGGAAUAAAAUCUGAAAAUCCUCGAGUAUCAGACAGUGGAAGCUUUGAUUUAACUUCAGAUCCUUUAUCACCAUCUGUUAGUCCACCUACAUACCCUUCCAUAUCUGGUCCCAGCAUGUCUCAAUCCAACACCAGCUCGAAAACAGAUUUGUCACUUGAAAGUCAUAUCAAUUCAGAUCCAGAAUUAAACCCCAUUCUAUCACGUGAAGGUGAAGAACAUGAGGAAGAUAUUAAUCAUGAUGCAUCAGGCAGGAGGAAAGAACCAAUGGAACAUGCAGAAGUAGUUGAUGAAACAGAGGUGAAACAUAUUUUGACCCUAGAGCCAUGGAAACAAGACGAGAAUCCAUCACCAGGAAAUAGAAAGGUUAAGGAAUUAGAAUUGGAUGAAGAAACAAUACCUAAAGUAAUAGAUGGGCUAGAUGGACCAGAUGGACCAGAUGGACCAUCUGGUGGCCGACAAGCUGUGAAUGGAGGACACGGAAUGUUAAACAGACGGCAAGAAAAUGGUUGGCAAGAUGAGAAUCGGCCACAAGAGAAUAAAAACAAAGAAUUAGAAUUAGAUGAAAUAAAGCACCCCAUGUUUGAGAACACAGAAAUAAUACCUAAAAAAAUAGAUAAGCCAGAUGAAACAUUUGGUGGCCGACAUGGAAUGUUGAACAGGCAGCAAGAAAAUGGUCGUCAACCAGAACAAGUGUUUCCCCCUACCCGUGAUUCUGGAGUGGAAGGCAGUAAUGAUCUACUUUCAUUACUACCAUCACAUCCAAGUCCGGCUGAUUAUUUUGUUACUGAUAAUGAGGAAACCGGUUUUCCAGAAACUAACCAUCAUUUAAAUCACACACAAAUGCCCAGUAGUGAAAUGACGAAAAUGUUGAAAACAAAUCCAGAACCAUUAUACCCAGAUUAUUUAAAAGAAUAGAAUAAGAAGAAAUGUUAUCAAGAACUAUUUUUUAUGAUCUUCUUUUUCUUAAAUCUUAGGCUCAAAGUCUAUACAGUACAUUAUAGAUGUUUUCCAGUGGAAUAAACAUAACAAAAGUAAAACGGAAGGCAAUAUUAUAUCAAUGUAACCCAGGUAUCGCUUAAUCUUGCAUAUUUAGCCCUAAUUUGUUUCACAUUCAUUCAAUCUCGCCCCAAAUCAUAUAAUUUAUACUUGUGUCCAGUGUAAAGUCGAUCAUUUAAUAUAUAAGCGUUUAAUUUCUUAAACAGCAGUCAGGAAAUUAAACUCUUGUAAAUUGUAAAAAUGAAUUGAUAUUGAAUGAAUGUGAAAGAAAUUAAGGGUAAAAAAGAAAGAUUAGACAAUACCCACGUUACAGUGUAAUCAGGGUACUGGAGCCACAUUACAACUACAAUGUGAUAGGGGAUUGGUCUAUAAAUAAUUCCAAAUAACUUACAUUUUUUGAUUUCUGUAAGUUUGUUAAUCAGCAAUAAUUAGGCCAUUGAAGACUAGAAAAAUACUAAUAACUGAACUAUGUCAAUUAUUAAUAAUCUUUUUAAACCGUCUUCAUUAGCCCAGUAGGAGCAGAACAGUAGGACGUUAAACCCCAUUUCAUUUCAUAUCUUUUUAAAAUCUAUUACUUGGAAAGAUGGAAUCUGUCACAGUCAUUUUCAAGCACAGAUUAAUUAAUGUCUGACAUAUUGUUAUGUGUAUCUAUACUCUUCAAAAAAAAGUAGGGGAUAUUCAAAUGCAAAUACCUAUGCAGGUUGUGAUAUGAUAAAUGGUCAUGACACUUGACAUGCUUUGAGAGAAUGUUCACAGAUGAAGAACUUAUCGCCCCAACAGAACCACUGAGCUGCAUGUGCGACACGCAAUAGCGCCAUACACUGGGAGGGGUUCAUUGUCAAAUUUGACACUUCAAGGAAAGGGUGCUGGUUUAUCCUAUCCAUGUUUGCUUUCCUAUCGGUUCUUGCAUAAGAUUUACUGUUUUGCGUAUCUUUGCUUUAGUGUGUUACGUUUAAUUUGAUCGGGAGACGUGUUUGUCGACGUCAAUAGACAACACUGCAAGAAUUGGCCGUGGCACUGCAAGAGGAGUGGGUCAGAUUGCCCCAAAUCGUGAUUGGAUGUUUGAUUAGGAGCAUGCCACGACGAAUUGCUGAAUGUCUGAGGAUUGGUGGAGCAAUUACUCAUUAUUAAGACAAAAAUCAAAAACGUCCAUUUUCAAUUUUGACAGUGUAUCUCUUUGCGAGUGAAAUGGGGCCGUCAGAUAAGCCGCCCAUAUGAACUGUUUAUGUUCAUGUGUAGGCAAUUGGCCUGUUAUUAACAUACACUGAUUACCUCUAAUAAAAACAGCAGUGCAUUGUUGCAGUUUUGUAUUGUUUCUGAAUAUCCCCUACUUUUUUUGAAGAGUAUAUAAUCAAUAUUUCCAGAGCUAUAUAUAUCUGUUAUGUUAUGUUUGUUAAAUUAUAUUUCUUUCAUUCAUGUAUUAAAAUUAUUUAUCUGAGUAUUUACAAACCCUAUGAUAAAGGUUACAAUAAUACAUAAUUAUUUGUUACACAGAAUUGUUAAAUUAAAUGAUAUAUAGUUAAAGAUGCAUUAUGUAAGAACUAAAGAUGCCUAAUGUAGAUCUUUCGUUUGGCCUCAAAUGUUAAAUAAAUCAUUAGUUAGACAUUUAUUCAUAUGCCAAACCCAUAAUCAACUCUCUAGACCAUCUAAUGGCUUAAAUUUCAACAGAGUUUCAUGCGAUUGGCAGUAAAUGAUUUAAUUUAAAAAUGGAUAAUAAACAAUCUAUGUCAAAACUUCAAACAGUAAAGUAAUUUGAAUGAAGUUUUCAGUAUAUUAAUUUUGAAUUAUCUAUUUUAAAAUUAUUAUAGCAAGAACUAUCAGCUCUUUAUCUCAAUCUUACAUAAUGAAAUCUUUAAGUAUUACAAACCCUGUGAUAAAGUUAAACUAUUACACAGUUAUUUGUUAUACUGAAUUAUUAAAUGAUAUACAAUGUAUAGUUAAAGUCUCUCAUGGUCAUUUGAACGAAAAGUUGAAUCUCUAAAAGGAAUUUCGGUCUGAAAAUGAUAUAUAGGAUAUAGUCAAUGCAAGCCAGCUCUCAAUAUAGGGAGCCACUGUGGCUAAACAGGUGAGAUGCUGGCUCGCUAGUCUGAGGGAUUCGCGGGUUCGCUCCCAGUGUUGGCCGAGAAAGUUUAUCUGGAUUUUCCGACGUGGUUUCCCCAUGUCAGUGCUGCACAAGAUGGAGGGCUUGACAAGGACAGCUGUCUAGUUGUUCGGAUGGGACAAAAAAACAAGGUCCCGUGUAUACAUUAGCAUGCAUGUAAAAGAUGACUGCAAAUUUAGAUAUAGUAAGAAAAAUGUGAAUUAUGAUCAGCUACUUUAAUAAGAAGCUGUUUUUUUGCUAUUGAAGUUUGAAUUGAAUAAAAGAAUAUUUUAAAAUAGAAUAAAUUGGAGAAAAUUAUAAAUAUUUUAUAUGUUUUUAUAAAUAUUUAUAGAGAUAUUUUAUAGAAAUGUUUAUAGUAACUAAUGUAUUUAUAUGAAUAUGAUAUGACCAGGGAGGUUGAUUGUUUACCAGAAUAUCGUCAGAUAUAAAAAUGUUUUUUAUAUAUAUAUCUGACAAUAGUUGAAGGUUUAUAUAUAAUAUAUCUCUUUAAAUUUGUAUUUAAAUUUGUAUAUAUAUAUAAAUAUAUAUAUAUAUCUGUUAUACUAAUUUUGAACAAAAGGGGGUAGGGUCCCUUGUCCAAACUCAGGUUGUUAUUGUUCUUAGCGUUUUACGUCAACUUCCACCGCAGGUGAUAUCGCAGACAAAUUGUCUUAUUUUCAUUUUUUUAUUAUCUUAGCACAUGCACAGGGAUCUUUCCUGUGGGAGGAAACUGAAGUAAACCCACGAGGUUGAGAAGGCACCCCUUUGCUUCCACUGCUAAAUACCCCUAUGCAUAAGCAAAUUAUUGAAAUAAAAUUGAACCAUAUCAUAUAUUAGUCUUGAAAUAACCUAGUUUGUGUCAAGUGGACGUUAAACCCCAUUUCUCUCUAUCUCUGUGUUUUGUUUUGUAUAUAUCUUUCUAGUCAUAACAAGAUACAUUUUCCACAUUCAUUUCACAAGACUAUGUUAGUUUGUAAUAAUAGCCAAAAUAAAUGCCAGGAUUAAAAUUAAAUACAGAGUUUCUCAGAAAUAGGACCCAACAUGCUAGAAUUAGAAUUAAAUACAGAGUUUAUCAGAAAUAGAACCCAACAUGCUAGAAUUAAAGUUAAAUACACAGUUUUUUCACACGCUAGAAUUAGAAUUAAAUACAGAGUUUAUCAGAAAUAGUACCUAACCUGCUAGAAUUAAAGUUAAAUACAGAGUUAGUAGAAAACGCUUCAAGGUGUUCUUAAAACUUACGAAUGACGACCUGUCGGAAGUAUUUUACCUGCACUUGAUCGCUGUAGUAUAGGCCUACCUUCCACUGUUUCGCGGUAAGGGCAUGUUCCAAGUUCACCUAAUAGACAUUCUCUUCAAUAAUAAUAAUAAUAAUAAUAAGCGGUGAAUAUGUUAUGUAUCAAAUUUUUAAAAAAUCUUAUAAAUUCUGCUAGCAUAUAUUUUUUUUUUUUUUAAAUUUUGAUAAAAUAAAUGACAAGUUUUUUUUUCUUAUCAAUGCUGCCGAUAAAAUUAAACAGGCGAACAGCGUUAAUAACACUCUUUAAAUUUCAAUAAACUUAUAUUUUCAUACAGUACGGUAUUAAAAAAUUGCCGUCGUCAAUUGUUCCGGACGGCAAUUUAUGCUGUUGACAUUUUUGGCUAAUUGCCAGAACUGUAUGUGACUAUUUGUUUUUGCCCACAAUGGAAUGAAACUCGCAAUUUUUGGGUCAGAUUAAGGCUUUUAGAUUUAAGUUUCUCGUACCCUUCAAAGUUUCAAGCCUGAGCGGGGGGGUCCAGACCCCCUGCCCCCCCCCCCUCUGGAACUGCGCCUGCUAUUAUAGCAAGAAAGGCCAGCUCAUUACCUAAAUCUUACAUUAUGCAUCUUUAAUAAAGGUGGAGGUGGGCUGAUAAUGAAGCAUACACACCCAAACCCGACACCAAAAAGAAUCCUGGAUCUCCUUAUGAUGUUUAACCAAAGAAUAUUAUGUAUAUUAACUACUUCAUUCCUGGUAUUUUAUAUAUUAAUUUGUUGAACAUUUGUUAAUUAAUAAGAUCAUGUUAUUUUAAUCUGAGGGUUUGAUAUUUCUUAUGAAUUGGAAAAGUCAAAUUUGAAACCAAAUUUGAAUAAUAUGCCCACAAUAAAUUAAUGAAAAAUGGGAAUGUGUUCUGGUAAUAUUAUUAAUCUUAAAAAGUCGAGUUGGCUCACUAAUGAGAAGGUCUUGGGUUUGCUCCAAGUAUUGUCCGAGAAAGUUUCGCUGGAUUUCCCUGCAUGGUUUCCCCCUUGUCAGUGGUGCAGGACAUUAUCUAGUCAUUUGGAUGAGAGAUGCUAGGUUGUAAGUGCUCUUUGGCGUGCACAUAAAAGAACCUUUGGCAGUUGCAUAGCACACUGUAUGGUGUAGUAAACAUGUCUUCAUUAUCCCAGUCACUGCUGAAAAGUAGGAUGUUAAACCUGAUUUAAUUUUAUUUGGGUAUUAAUAUUCAUUUUGAGCCUUGUUAUAAAACAGACUAGUAUUUUGAUAAUAAAGAUAUUUUGAUUAAAAUUGAUAUUUUAUUUCUGGUAGUUUGAACAUUUUACAAUGAAUGUGUAUCUUUUCUGGAUCUCAACUUCUAUGAAUAUAUUUGUUAUUCAUCUUUUAACUGUUAAUGAUUUUCAUUUUAUGGUGUAACUAUUGUAUAGUUUUAUGUAUAUAUUAUUGCACAUAUAUAAAUUAUUAAACAAUUUAUAGCUUAAUGCACAAAUCAUACACUCAAGUUAUGUGAUCAAAUCACAGAUUUGUUCAUGUGUGGUUUUUAUUCUAGGGCUUUAUCGAAGGUUAAUCAAGUGAUUGGCAGACUUACACUGCCUAACAACCCAGUUAAUAUUAUUACCAUUAUCCAUAGAAUUAGAAAAUGACUUCACAAAAAUUCAUCUUCACAAUGUUAAGAUUACCAAUGACUACGAUACUACAUUAGCUAUUGUUUCAUAUUGCCAUCACCCUGUCUGUUCGUUUAAGCAAUAUUCCUACAAUUACUCCUAGAGAUUCUGCCUUUGUUUGUAUUAUUGAAGUCACAUUAAUGAUUUUAUUAAGAUUCAGCCGAGAUAUGUAUUUAUUUUGAAUGUUUUCCAUGGCUUCUUGUCAAUUAUAUGCUUAGUGAGUAGGACCAGACCAGGGUUGGGUCAAGAAAGUCCAUCAGAAAUUUCAGCAUGGUUCUCCCAUCGCCAGUGAUGCAGAACAGAUUGCCUGGCAAGGAACAGCGACAAGUCUUUCAGAUCUGACGUAAAACAGGAUCCUGUGAAUACCAUUGACAGCACAUUAAAGAUUCGAUGGUAGUUGUAAAUUGAAAUAGAAGGCUGUAGCAUAGCUGCCCUGAUAAAAUUGCCCACAUAGCACACUGUAUAUAACAUAUGUCUGUCUUCAUUAACCCAGUUGUUGAUGAAAAGUAGGAUGUUAAACUCCAUUUCAUUUCAUUUCAACUGAGUUGUAUAGUAAAUGAGCUUUUUAUCGGGACACUUUGGAUGCCUAGUAGAUUUAAUACAAAAUAAAUAAAUAAUGUUUACAUAUACGGUCCAUGAAUUUACAACGAAAUGUACAAGCCAUGAUUUUACACAGAAACUAAUCAUAUUAGAUGUUUUUUAGAACAAAUAUUUCCAGCUUUUAUUUGGACAAGAAUGUCCAACAUUCAUAUGUCCCAAUAUGCCUCAUGUUAAAUGUUGUCUAUAUGAUUUUUAUACGCCCACAUUUUCAUGUGGACGUAUAUUGUCGUCGCCCAUGUCCUUCCGUCAGUCCGUCGACAAUUGUUUGUGAACAGUCCACAGCUCACAAUUUUUAUCUGAUUUCAACGAAACUUGAAAUAUAGGUUUAUAUCACCCUAAGAUCUCGGUUCCUUUCGAUAUUGGCAUGUAUCGGACUGUAAUUUUUAUCCGAUUUGGUUUAAACUUGAAAUGUAUGCUUAUAACCCAAAGAUCUCGGUUCCUUUCGAUAUUCGCGCAUAUCGGAAUGUAACUUCCUGAAUAAUGGCCACUGAUUGUACGAAAAAUCAUGUUUUUUAGCUUGUGGACCCUACAGAGGUCAUAAUUUUUAUCCGAUUUAAAAACCAUAUUAUUAUACCGUUACACCCCAAGGACGACUGAGUUCGAAUUUCGUGAAAAUCGGACCAAAACUGACAGACAAAAUGGCCGCCCUUCGUUCUCAAAUAGCGUAAAAAUAUGAUAUAUCAAGGUUGUGAACCCUAUAGAGGUCACAAUUUUUAUCCGAUUUUGUUCAAACUUAGUUUAUAACACAAAGAUCUCGGUUCCUUUCGAUAUUCGCGCAUAUCAGACCGUAACUUCCUGAAUUAUGGCCCCUGAUUGUACGAAAAAUCGCAUUUUUAGCUUGUGGACCCUAUACGGGUCAUAAUGUUUAUCCGAUUUUAAAAGACGUAUUAUUAUAUCACUGUUACACCCUAAGGACGGCUGAGUUCGUAUUUCGUGAAAAUCGGCCCAAAACUUACAGACAAAAUGGCCGACCCUUGUUCUCAAAUAGCGUAAAAAUAUGGUAUAUCAAGGUUGUGGACCCUAUAUAGAGGUCACAAUUUUUAUACGCCCACAUAGAAAUGUGGUCGUAUAUUGCCGUCGCCCCCGUCCAUCCGUCUGUCGGUCGGUCCGUCGUCCACAAUUUCUUGUGAACACUCUACAGACUACAUUUAUCAUCUGAUUGUUUUGAAAUUGAUAUAUGUUGUUUGCAUUAGUGAGAUGAAGAAGCCUAUUUAAUUUCAAUAACUUCCGUUAAUUUCGUCUGGAGUUAUGGCCCUUGUUUCACUUUGUUGCACAUUGUGAACGCUCUAAUGACAAAAGUUAUCAACCGAUCUGUAUGAAAUUUAUAUGCAUCAUUUAAAUUAGUAAAACAAAGAAGCCUAUUGAAUUUCAGCAAUUUCCGUUAAUUACAUCUAGAGUUAUGGCCCUUGUUUCACUUUGUUGAAUCUUGUGAACGCUCUAAUGACAACAGUAAUCAUCCGAUCUGUUUGAAAUUGGUAUGCAUCAUUUAAAUUAGUGAAAUGAAGAAUCCUAUUGAAUUUCAGCAAUUUCCUUUAAUUAUGCCGUGAGUUAUGGCCCUUGUUUCAAUUUGUUAUACCUUGUUUAUGCUCUAACGACAAAAGUUAUUAUCCGAUCUGUAUGAAAUUUAUAUGCAUCAUUUAGAGUAGUAAAACAAAGAAGCUUAUUGAAUUUCAGCAAUUUCUGUUAAUUACAUCUAGAGUUAUGGCCCUUGUUUCACUUUGUUGAAUCUUUUGAACGCUCUAAUGCCAACAGUUAUCAACUGAUCUGUUUGAAAUUGAUAUGCAUCAUUUAAAGAUGCCUAUUGAAUUUCAACAAUUUCUGUUAAUUACACCAUGAGUAAUGGCCCUUUUUUCACUUUGUUGUACCUUGUGAAUGCUUUAACGACAAAAGUUAUUAUCCGAUCUGUAUGAAAUUUAUAGGUAUCGUUUAAAUUAGUAAAACGAACAAGCCUAUUGAUUGAGUUUCAGCAAAUUUCCGUUAAUUACAUCUAGAGUUAUGGCCCUUGUUUCACAUUGUUGAAAUUAGUAAAACGAACAAGCCUAUUGAUUGAGUUUCAGCAAAUUUCCGUUAAUUACAUCUAGAGUUAUGGCCCUUGUUUCACAUUGUUGAAUCUUGUGAACGCUUGAACGACAAAAGUUAUCAUCCAAUCUUUAUGAAAUUCAUAUGCAUCAUUUAAAUUAGUGAAAUGAAAAAGCCUAUUGAAUGUCAGCAAUUUCUUUCAAUUACCUCUAGAGUUAUGGCCCUUGUUUUACUUUGUUGAACCUUGUGAACGUUCGAACAACAAAAGUUAUCAUCCGAUCUGUAUGAAAUUGAUAUGAAUUAUUUGAAUUAGUAAAACGAAAAAGUCUGUCGAAUUUCAACAAUUUCUGUAGAUUACUUCCAGAGUUACAGCCCUUGUUUUAGUUUUUAGAACCUUGUGAACCCUCAAACGACGAAAAUUAUGUCAUCUGUAUGAAAUUGUCUAUUAAAUGCCCCCUAAUUACCUACAAAAGAAUAAAUAUACGACAACUCUUGUCGACCGCUCGGACGAUUUAGCUGCUGUGGGCGUAUGUUUAGUUGCCUGGCAACCUAUCUUUAUCCGAUUUUGUUGAAACUUGAAAUGUAAGUUUAGAACCCAAAGAUCUCGGUUCCUUUCGAUAUUUGCGCAUAUCGAAUUGUAAUUUCCUGAAUUAUGGCCCUUGAUUGUAGGAAAAAUCACUUUCUUUUUAGCUUGUUCUCUAUCCAUCUCGCGUAAAUGUGGCGUAUCCUGCCUGGCAGCCGCUGGUCUGUACUGGUAAAUGUUGUCUAUAUGAUUUUCUGUAUUGGUAAAUGCUGUCUAUAUGUUUUUCUGUACUGGUAAAUGUUGUCUAUAUGGUUUUUUGCACCUGUACUGGUAAAUAAAGACUGAUCUAUUCUACUGCUAAAUGCUGAUUAUAUAAUUUCUUGUAAAUGCUAUUUUAUUCUAUAUCAUAUAUCAUUUCUAUCUUCUUAUAUAAAAUAUAUAUUUUAUA